GUACGGUUUCCCUGUUCUUCAUAUCCUCCUCCUUCCCCGCAUCUCAUUAUCCUCCAGAGCGUCUCUAGGUGAUUUAGCGCCGCCAGUCUGGAGCAGGUGUUCAACAUGGCGAGCUUGGCGAGCGGAUCUCUCUCUCUUACACUCUUCACCUGCCUCGUUUUCACAGCUUUUCUGCGUCAAGGAGCUACCCAGAUAAUAACAGCACAGGGUCAGAACCUGGUGACGGCAAACGUGUCCGUGAUUGAGGGUGAAACGGCCACCAUCAGCUGCCGGGUGAAAAACAACGACGACUCUGUCAUCCAGCUCCUCAACCCUAACAGACAGACCAUUUACUUCCGAGACGUCAGACCUCUUAAGGACAGCCGUUUUCAGCUGGUUAACUUCUCUGACAAUGAGCUGCGUGUGUCACUGUCCAACGUGACACUCAUGGAUGAGGGAAGAUACGUGUGCCAGCUUUACACGGACCCCCCGCAGGAGGCCUACGCCGACAUCACUGUGCUUGUUCCACCAAGCAACCUAAUCAUCGAGUCACGUGAGGAUGUGGUGAGCGAAGGGAAUGAGACUGAGAUAACCUGCACAGCUAUGGGCAGCAAACCCGCCUCCAGCAUCGUGUGGAUGAAAGGAGAUCAGAUCCUACAAGGUGAGGAAACAGUGGAGGAGACGUAUGACAGGAUGUUCACCGUUACUAGCCGGCUCAGUCUCACCGUCUCCAAGGAGGACGAUGGAGUGGCCGUCAUCUGCAUCAUUGACCAUCCAGCUGUGAAGGACUUCCAAGCCCAGAAAUACCUGGAAGUGCAAUAUAAACCAGAGGUAAAGAUUGUUGUGGAGUUUCCAGAGGGCCUGACAAGAGAAGGGGAAAACCUUGAGCUGACCUGCAUGGCAAAAGGCAAACCUCAGCCUCAUCAAAUUAACUGGUUCAAAGUAGAUGAUGACGUUCCCUCCCACGCCGUGAUUACAGGCUCUGAUCUCCUCAUCGAGAACCUCAACAAGUCCUACAACGGGACUUACCGCUGCGUGGCGUCCAACUUAGUGGGAGAAGCGUACGAUGAUUACAUUCUCUAUGUCUAUGACGUUCCCGUCACAACCCCCCCACCCACUACUACCAUCAUCCACCCUGAUGCUGCCCAAGAUUCGAGAGCAGAUGCAGCAGGACAGAAAAUCGACCACGCUGUCAUCGGCGGAGUCGUCGCUGUGGUCGUAUUCGCCAUGCUCUGUCUGCUCAUCGUUUUGGGACGCUACUUUGCCAGACAUAAAGGUACCUACUUUACCCAUGAAGCCAAAGGAGCAGACGACGCAGCAGACGCCGACACAGCCAUCAUCAACGCCGAGGGAGGGCAAACCAACACGGAUGACAAAAAGGAAUAUUAUAUCUAACUCUGACUCUGUUAGCGUCUCUUCCUGCUGGACGAGAAGUGAGAGUUCUGUCGGGUUUGGACGGAAGGGGGAGGGAGGGAUGAGGGGGGUGAGGGUUGUAGGGGUUUGUGGUUUAUGGUUAUCAGAUUGGAUUUAGACAAAGUGAUUUAACCAAGAGGACAGGAGAGGAAAGAGGAGCAACGCUGCCAUCGAGACUGAAGAGGUGUAGGAUGGAGGAGCUCAAAGAGAGCGCACGUUUUCAAAACAAGCUUCACUAUCCAACACCUCCCAACGCCUCCCGCCGGUGCCAGUUUUGUUCAGUUUUUUCAACAUUCGUGGAAAAAGAAAAGAAAAAAAAUAUUUGUGCCUUGUUAUAUUUAUUUCAAAAGCACCUACUUCUUGUUCCUGCACCCACGACUUGCUGGCGUACUGCUGGCUCUCUUAGCAGGCCCAAUCAGACCACGCUUCUCCGACGCCCGCACACCAAACACACACUCCAGCGCUCACGCUGUUCCGUCAGCCAAGCAGAACAAACGCCAUCCGUGCUAAUACAAACGGCAACAUUCAGCCUCACAAGAACUGUUUACAUCUUUUUAAUGGGUCGGUUCCAAGUGAUUUAUCCGUUGUUCUUUUUCUCCACCACCCCCCCGCCCCCCCUACCCGUAUUAGGUUUUUAAGGUGUCUGACAUUGUUGUGACAAACCUGAGCUGAAAACUGUUGCAGCUCUUUUGUGCUCUUGCAUUAUUUAAUAGCUCUUCUGUAUGUGCAAAUAACCUGCUUGUGCUAGUAUUCAUUCAUUUCCGCCGUGUUCGUAAAAGCCCACCGAGUGGUUUCAUGAUAAUUGCAAUCAUGCAUUAAAAAUGAAUGCCAAAGCAAAUAGUGAACGAGCCAUGGAUCGAAUGGAUACAGAAGCUCUCUAAUGCCAGGAAACCUGCUCAUAUGAAAACGAAAGACAUGCAGAGGUGCCAACAUUGCUAACAAAAUAAAAUAUAUAUUUGUGUACAAGACGCCAGUUUUGUUUUGUUGUUUAGAUGUGUGCCAUAGCACUGAGGUAAAGGCUUUCUGUGGGGCAACAGAUCUUGAGUUCCAAUCCAAAUGAUGCCACAGCCAUCCAACUGGCCACAUUCAAUGUGUAGUAGGGAUGGCAUUCUCUCUCUCUCUCUCUCUCUCUCUCUCUCUCUCUCUCUCUCUCUCUCUCUCUCUCUCUCUCUCUCUCUCUCUCUCCCUCUCUUCCCUGAGUGUGUUAUGCAGCAUGAGCAGCAGUUAAUAAAGACACAAUUGACUGGCUUCACGUGUCUUGGUGGAAGCACGUGUUAGCCUUCACCCUUCCUGGCUUAAAUCUGUCAUAUGAUAGGUCGAGCUGGCCGGUGCAUGGGAAUUGACCAGGACCAUAUUGGAAGAAAAAAAAACACCUAGUGUGACCGAAAUAAUAAGCAACUCCACUUUUUUUUCCGAUCUAAAAGACCACCAUCUCGAUUUAUGUUGACUGACAAGGCUGAGGUUUGUGAAUUCACAAGACAAAGUUCACAUAGAUAAAGUCAGCGUGAGGAGAAAGUAACGUCAUGCAUGCCCCAGGUAAAGUCUUUCAUGUCUCACGUCCUUUCCCCUUCAGUGAAUUGACCUUUCCAUCCGGCGAAUUUUAUUCUCGCUUGGUCUGACCGCUGCUUUAUCUGAGAAAGCAGUAAAGCAUAAUUUUCAGGUGGAUCCCAUAUCACCAUAGCAAGAGGUCAAAAACCGUAAAUGCUACAGCUACACCGCACAUGUUGGCACCUCUGGACAUGCUUCAGACUACAAAGCAGCUCUAUUUGAUUCCUCACAUGUUGUCACCAAGUCUCAGUGCUGGAAACUGGUUUCUGCUAGUGCUUCAGAUAAUAUGCUCCCUGUAAUCAAAUAUACAGUAACACGAGACCUUGUAAAUUCAGAUUCAGUCUGUACUUACUGAGCCUGUGUGUGUGUGUGUGUGUGUGUGUGUGUGUGUGUGUGUGUGUGUGUGUGUGUGUGUGUGUGUGUAUGACCUCCUAUCAGUUUAAUAUGUUUAAAAAUCUACUCUUUAUCAUUCACUUUUCAUCCUCAUUUUUUUUUUGUUUUCAUGUAUUAUUGUGGGGGCCUUAUAUAUCUUUAUCCUUUUUUUCCCCUUCAUGGUCUUGUCUAUGGUCCAGGAUAGGAUGAGUAAGUAGUUUAGAAUAUAUGAAGUAACAUAGAGCAGUAUUGGAGAAGUUGGCAUAUAUUAUACACUUUGGCAUUCUCAUGGCUGUGCAUUAUUUUAUUGGUUGUAGAGUUAUUAUGGGAUGUAGAGAAUGCUUCUACAUUUUUUUUUUAAAUAAACAAAAAUGUUUAUUUAACAGGAUUUUAAAACUGGAAAUUAUUGUGUCAGUUUAGAAAUGGUAAUAUAUUAUGAUAUAUUUAUAUCCAUCUCAUAAUCUGCCAGUGUCAAUCUUUGGCUUUGAUCAUUGACCUUGCUUUGUUUGUUUGUACAGUGUUUUCUGUGUUAAUUUGAACGUACGAUGCUUUUGAUCUCAAUUGACUUGUCUGGACUGCUGAGGAACUGAAGAGCAGACUGGAAAUAUGUGUUAACGAAUGUUUCAAACAUAUCACAGGGGUGGACAAUCACAGUAUCCAGAUUUAGUAUCCAGUAGGUUUAACCAGAAAAAACAACAACAAGAAGUUCUAAAUGGCUUUUGCAACGAAGUUUUCAUUUAAUAUGUUUGUUGAAAUAAAAUGCACUCAAUGGUGGUGUAAUUAUUGUUGCUAUAGCCAGUACUACUCAUUCCAAAUCCCACCGCUUGCUGCACUACACACGUUAAAAACACAACGGUUUUUAAAAAACGGAUUAAUUAGCAUGCAUUUCCGAAUCAGACUCCCACAGGUACGUGGAAAGAAAACUAUUCCAGAGCAAAGCUGUAAUAUACAGUAACGUUCCUGCUGUUAGUAACAAUCACAUUAUGCUUAAAGAUAUCAAGAAAAAUAAAGAUGCAAGGCAGACCACCACAUCACAUCUCACUGCUGAAACAUGCUGACUUUUUGUUAAAGGCCUAAACACAAUGUACUACAUGAUCAUGUACUUGUUUGUUUCCUUUACUCUGUAUUAAUGCACUUCACUAGCUACCUAAGUAGUUCACCAUAGGCUGUUAUCCCUGCUGGAAAAACAAUAAUAGAAACCAUCACAGAAAUUCUAACGGUUUCCACUACAAAUACCAUUACAAACCAUCACCUAACCAUUAAAGCCAUUACAUUACCAUUAUUGGUCUUUAAUGGUAUCCACUAGAUAACAUACAACAGAUUACCAGUAGAGACCCAGAGGGACCAUUACAGUUUCCAUUAAACCCAAUAUAAUUCCCAUUAUAAUUAUUAAAAUAAAUUAAAAUUCGAUAAUUAAAAUGAUAAUUCGAUGAGGGGUUCUGUGUUUUUUUUCAGCAGGGAUAUGUUAGCUACCACAUUUUUAUGUUUUAUGUUUUCUACUACUUUUGUUUGUUUAAUGUUAGCUACCACAUUUGCUUACAUUAGUUACUACUUUUGUUUAUGUUUUAUGUUAGCUACCACUCGUUUAUGUUUUAUGUUAUCUACUACUUUUGUUUAUGUUUUAUGUUAGCUACCACUUUUAAUCAUAAUAAAUUAGGUUUUGAGGCAAUCAAAACAUGUAGCACAUCAGAACGUUUACUUGCCUGGUGGGCUAGCUAAUAAAUUUGUCAUUUGUCCACCCCUGUUUUAUCAUCCAACACUAAUGAAUAUCUGACAGUGCCCGUGAGUGUCUGCAUGUCUACCUUAUAGGCCCUGAUAUAAAGGACAUUAAUAUAAAGGAGCAUUCAGUGCGUCAUACGUUUUGUUGUUAUAUAUCUCAUGCUUUGUAAAUGAACAGAAUCUGAGAAAUGUGAGAAAUUAGAGAUAUAUCUGUGCUUAAAAGUCUGCCACAAAGCACCAAAUGUAAAUGGUAGGAUAUAAACCAUUGUAAAACCAAACAGUAGGUAAUAGGUUCCCUGUGUAAUUGUAUGUCAAUUUGUAAUAUUAAUUCUUCUGUCUCAGGUCUGUGUGCAAAUUCAGUUUAUUGCAUCUCAGGUAGAGUUCAAGAUUUAGGCCCCACAGCAGAAAAACUUUAGAAUUUAUGAAAACAUUAACUCCCAGAGAAUCACUUAUCACUCCCGAGUUGAGUAUUUUCUGCUCAGUACACAGCAUCAAAAAACCCAACACACAGUGCAUUGUUUUAAAUGUGGAUAUUACUUUGUAUAGCUGGAUCAAUCACACAUAAUAGCAGGCUUGUGAACACGUGACCUAAAAGUGAAGUCCGAGGUUAUAAUUCAGCAUUUUAGAUCACUUACUAUAUCACCCAGUGCAAGUUGUUCAUUGUUUGGAUCAAUUUCUUUGUCCAAAUUUUGUCAUAUCUCUGUAGUUUGUGUUUUGGUGUAAUGGGAGAUAUCUACAUGUUUCCAUCUCCAGUUUGUAUUUGAUCAUAAAAGUACAUUUUUAAACAAAUGGAGCAGUACUUGUCUUAAUAAAAAAUAGAUA